ACCGGUGAUAACAAACAAAGAAGAAGAAGGAGAGGCUGCUCUGUCUAUAGCACUUGUGGAUUUGUUUACAUCUUUCUUCCCACACAGAUCCACGCUUACUUUCGGGCUGUAUGAGUUGUGUCAGAUAAACGCUGCACGCGAUGGCCACAGAGCCUGCCAGCCUGGAGAGCCUGCAUGUGCUGUACCAGAGCGAUGAUUACAUCGUGGUGGACAAGCACUGGGACAUCCGCAUUGACAGCAAGAUGUGGUACGAGAAACACACCGUGCAGGCACAACUCCGGCACCGCUUCCCUCAGCUGGCAGACCCCAGCACCUACUAUGGAUUCAGGUUCUGCCAUCAGUUGGAUUUCUCCACAAGUGGGGCUCUUUGUGUCGCUCUCAAUAAGGCUGCUGCUGGCCGGGCGUACCGAUGCUUCAAAGACCGCACCGUCACCAAGGCCUACCUCGCCCUGCUACGUGGCUCUGUGGAAGACGAGACACAAACUUUGGACUUCUCCAUCGGCAAGAACUCUUCAGAGGGAAAAACACACAUGAUGUGUAUUGAGGGUACAGAAGGUUGUGAGAAUCCCAAGCCUUGUCAAACUGAGCUGAUGGUGUUGGAGUAUGGGUUGUAUGACGGAGACCCUGUCACAAAGGUGCUGCUGCAGCCACUCACUGGACGAACCCACCAGUUGAGGGUCCACUGCAGUGCAAUAGGCCACCCCAUCGUCGGGGACUUCACCUACAGCUCGGGGGCGGACAAUGCCCCCUACCGCAUGAUGCUGCAUGCCCACCUCCUCCACAUUCCCCUGGAACCUCAGCCCCUGCUCGUCUCUGCUGGAGACCCCUUUCUGCCCACGGAGGAUCCCAAGUGGCUUCCGCAGCGCUCGUUACGGACACUGGCGGCCACUGUGGAGGCCCUGCUGGAGCAGAGGGUGGAGGAGGACAGGAAGCUCAAAGAGGAGGAGAGAGAGAGGGCAAGAAAGAAGGAGGAGAGGAAGAAAGGAAGCAAGGAACAGAGGACUAAAGAGGAGAGUGAGGAGCAGAGGAGGCAGUGUCAGGAGUGGCUGAGUGAAUGGGCUGGAGACUGAUGUUAUUGUUAUCUAUUUUAAUUUAUUUUAGCUGUUUACUUCUGAAGGCAAUGUUGAGCAUGAACGCUCCACCUCACUGACCACCUGCGUUGCAUUUAAAUGUCAUACAUGGAUGUGAACAAGUACCUUAAUUGCCUCACAAACCAGUUAACGUGUUAGAAAAAAAGCUGUAUGUAAGCUGCUGCUCUCUUAAGCAAUUCAUACAACUGGGAGCUGCCCAGUAUAACCAGUGUUUGACAGUGAGAUAUAAGUGCCUUGCUCCAAGUUCAUGUUGAUAAGUGAGCGGUCGAGUGGAUGCCAUUCAUUUUUCUAAUACACAUUCCACCCUCAAAAGUGGACAAUUGUUUAAUUGCUGAUUUCUGUCACAAGUCUGUGCUUAUGGUCAGAUGACUUAACAAUGCUGCAUGUUUGUAACAUCCCAUGUAAAAGCGAAUAGCCGACUACACUAUGUUUCGUUAUAUUUUAACACACAGUCUCUAUAAUAAGAUUCGACUCCCUUCAAUGAUUUUUUUUAAAUGUUUGAUUGAAGCUUUGUAUCAAACUGUUUAACAUAGAAAAGCUUUUAUGUCAAUGUAAAAAUAAAUGUCUGCAAAUGAAUCUUG